AUGCUGGCUCCCGGUAGAUGGCAGCUGCGCCGGGCGCGCAGGCAGCGCGGGCGGAUGGCGUAGGGCGGCCCGGGGCGCAGCGCCGCUCCCACGCGUGUCCCCGCUCCCGCGGCGGGCGGAACGGCUGCCCCACCGCCCCAGGUCUGUGGCACCAUGCAGCACUAUGGAGUGAACGGCUACUCGCUGCACGCCAUGAACUCGCUGAGCGCCAUGUACAACCUGCACCAGCAGGCAGCCCAGCAGGCACAGCACGCGCCCGACUACCGGCCCUCCGUGCACGCCCUCACCCUGGCUGAGAGACUGGCUGACAUCAUUUUGGAGGCACGUUAUGGAUCCCAGCACCGCAAACAGAGGCGAAGCCGCACGGCCUUCACCGCCCAGCAGCUGGAGGCCCUGGAGAAGACCUUCCAGAAGACUCACUACCCCGACGUGGUGAUGAGAGAGCGGCUGGCCAUGUGCACAAACCUGCCUGAAGCCAGAGUCCAGGUGUGGUUCAAGAACCGGAGAGCCAAAUUCCGGAAGAAGCAGCGCAGCCUGCAGAAGGAGCAGCUGCAGAAGCAGAAGGAGUGCGAGGGGAGCCACAGCGAGGGAAAGAUGGAGCCGCCUGUGCUGGAGAGCCAGGCUCCCACCCCGGACACUGAGAAGGUCCAGAGCCUCCCCAGCGAGGCUGGCACUGACCUCACCCUCACCCUGUCGGAGCAGUCUGCCAGCGAGUCGGCGCCCGAGGACCAGACCGACAGGGAGGAGGAGUUCAAGAGCACCUUGGAUGAGGCCAAAGUGGACAAGAGCCCUGGUGUGGACAGCAAGGCUUUGAACUGCAAGAGAGCGAGCCCAAAAGCAGAGUCCCCUCUCGGCGCGGCCGUGACGCCUUCCUCCAGCAGCGGCCUGGCCCAGACCCACUCCUACUCCUCCUCGCCCCUGAGCCUCUUCCGCCUGCAGGAGCAGUUCCGCCAGCACAUGGCGGCCACCAACAACCUGGUGCACUACUCCUCCUUCGAGAUGGGGACGCCGCCCGCCAUGCCCUACCUGGGCAUGAACGUCAACAUGGCCCCGCUGAGCUCCCUGCACUGCCAGUCCUACUACCAGUCGCUGUCGCACGCCCAGCAGGUCUGGUCCUCCCCCAUCCUGCAGGCCUCCAGCUCCCUGCCCAGCCUGAACAGUAAAACCACCAGCAUUGAGAACCUGAGGCUGCGGGCCAAGCAGCACGCGGCGUCCCUGGGGCUGGACACCCUGCCCAACUGA